AUGCGCUUCACAGCGGUCGUCCUUCUCGCGCAGCUGGCCCUGGGACUGCCCCAGCACAACCCCUUCAUCCACACCAAGCGCCAGUCCGACCACGACUUCCCUGGCAACGCGACCGACGAGUAUGACUUCGUCUGCAUCGGCUCCGGCCCGGGCGGCGGCCACAUGUGCUCCAACCUCGCCAUCGCGGGCUUCAAGGUCCUGCUCAUCGAAGCCGGCGGCGACGGCGGCCUCCAGCUGAUUCAGUCGGUGCCGGCCAUGAACCUCGCUUCGACCGAGGACUGGAGCCUGGCCUGGGAGUUCUUCGUCAACAAGUACGGCGACACGGAGCUCGACAAGCGCGAUUCCAAGAUGACAUACAACACAACCGACGGCAAGCACUGGACCGCAUACAACGCGACCGGCAACCUUGGCACCGCCGCCACCCCCGACCAGGUACCGGACGGCGCCGAACCCCUCGGCAUCUUGUACCCGCGGACCGGAGCCCUCGGCGGCUGCUCGCGUCACAAUGCCCUGUUCAGUCUGCAGCCCUACGACAUGGACUGGGACGAUAUGGCCGCGCUGACGGGCGACGACUCGUAUAAGUCGAGUAACAUGCGGCAAUACCUCAACCGGGUCACCGACGUCGACUACCAGCCGCAUUCCAUCAACUCGGGCACAAAGGGGUGGUAUCCGAUGCAGUACACCUCUCUGAUCACGGCGGCCACCGACCUCAAGAUCGUGUCUGUCCUCGCGGCGGCCUGCACGGCCUUCGGCAAGACUCUCAUCGGCGAGGUCGUCGCCACGGCCGCCUACCUCGCCAGUGUACUCGUGUCCGACAUCAACGCUCCCGGCCAACUCAUGGAGCCUGAGGUGUACCAGGUUCCCCUCGCGAUGCGGCCAGACUCGUGCCGCGGCGGCGUUUACGACCUCAUCGUCGACACUGCUCUCGCGACCAACUCCGACGGCAGUCGAAAGUACCACCUCGACAUCAUGCUGGAUACGCUGGCGACCAAGGUCACAUUCGACACCUCCGGCUCCAAGCCCCGCGCCAACGGCGUCGACUACAUGUCAGGAGCUUCCCUCUACCGCGCCGACCCUCGCUCCAAGACCGCGCAGCCCUCCAGCACCGGCCACAUCAAGGCCACCAAGGAAGUCAUCGUCGCCGGCGGCGCCUACAACACCCCGCAAAUCCUCAAACUCUCCGGCGUCGGCCCGCGCUCCGAGCUCGAGUCCUUCGGCAUCGACGUCGUCCUCGACCUGCCCGGCGUCGGCACCAACCUCCAGGACCGCUACGAGCAGACGAUGGUCUCCAAGACCCCGACCUCCUUCGCCCUGACGGAGAAGUGCACCUGGCACCCGGACCCGGCGCUGGACCCGUGCAUGAAGACGUUCGUGGAGGGCGCCGACGCGACCUCGCGCGGGGCCUACGCGUCCAACGGUAUCGCCAUCGCCAUGAUCCGUAACUCGACGACCAGCGAGCGCGGCGAGCCUGACGUCAUCAUCCUCGGCGGGCCCGCCAACUUCACGGGCUACUACCCGGGCUGGUCGCAGGGCGCCGUGGCCGACUCGAAGCACUGGGCGUGGAUCAUCCUCAAGGCGCACCAGCGCAACGCGGCCGGGAGCGUGACGCUGCGGUCCGCGGACCCGAGGGAUACGCCGGUGAUCAACUUCAGGAGGUUCGAUAACGACGAGGACGCGGCUAAGGAUCUUACUGCGAUUCGCGAGGCGUACGAGUACGCGCGCCGCGUGAUGGAGGAUGUGCUGCCGAUCGGAGGGGUGCUGUCCGGGACCAAUGGCUCGCUUGUCUCAGGGCUCGGUGAGGUUGUGGAUGGUGUCUUCGAGGAGGUCUGGCCUGGCGCUGAUGUGAAGGGGGACGCUCUGGAUCAGUUCAUCCGCGACGAGAAUUGGGGUCAUCACGCUGCUUGUUCGGCGCCUAUUGGUGGUGACGACGACCCGAUGGCGGUGCUGGAUGGUGACUUGCGGGUGAGGGGUGUUGACGGUCUGCGAGUGUCGGAUCUGAGCGCCUGCAACAGGCUGCCUGGUUUCUUUCCCAUUAUGUGGAUUCAUCAGCUGGUUGAGAAGGUGGCCGAUACGAUCGUUGCUGAGUAUGCUUCAUGA